GUACGGCAACGUGACACACGAGGCUUGGCCCGGCGACAACACGACGGGUGGCCCGGUGGCGACCACCAGGACGUUUGUGUCGUACAUCCCCCCGGGGGGCGAGGAGCGCAGGGCGGUGUACGGCCACUUCACCUUCGUGAGGAACCCGCUGCGGACCCUCUCCGUGCUGGAGCCCGGUGGUGCCGGAGGCUGCCAGGCUCGCCGCAGGGCCACCGUGGAGGAGACUGCGAGGCUCAGGAGCUGUCUGGUGGCCCAGAACGGUGGCUACUUCGACAUGGGAACCGGAGAGUGCCUCGGGAACGUUGUGAGCGAUGGGAAGCUGGUGAGAAACUCUGGAGGGCUGCAAAAUGCGCAGUUUGGCAUCCGGAAGGAUGGCACCAUGGUGUUCGGUUACCUGUCCGAGGAAGAUGUUUUGGAUGAAGCAAACCCUUUUGUGCAGCUUGUGAGCGGGGUAGUUUGGCUCCUGAGAGACGGGGAAGUGUACGUCGGUCAGAGUCAAAUCGCCGAGUGUGAUGAAAUUCAAACCACAGGAACCUUCGACAAGUUCAUCAACGUGAUCUCAGCCAGGACUGCGGUUGGACACGACAGCCAGGGGCAGCUGGUCCUGGUCCACGUGGAUGGACAGACAGAAUCCAGAGGGGUCAACCUCUGGGAAAUGGCUGAAUUCCUGAAGGAGCAGGGAAUCAUCAAUGCCAUCAACCUGGAUGGUGGAGGGUCUGCAACACUGGUCUUAAAUGGGACCCUUGCAGGCUACCCGUCUGAGCACUGCUCCUUCGACAACAUGUGGCGUUGCCCUCGGCGCAUCUCCACCGUCAUGUGCAUCCACGAGCCCGCCUGCGAGCCCGCAGACUGCAGUGGCCACGGGGACUGCGUGGCAGGGGAGUGCCGCUGCGCUGGGGACUUCUGGAGGGGUCCAGCCUGUGACACCUUGGACUGCGGCCCCUCCAACUGCAGCCUGCACGGCGUCUGCACCGGCUCUGGGUGCCUGUGUGACGCUGGCUGGAUGGGCAGCAACUGCAGCGCAGCUUGCACUAGUGGUUUCUACGGGGCCGCUUGCACCCAGCAAUGCCUGUGCCAGAACGGCGGCUCGUGUGACCCCGUGCACGGCGCCUGCUCCUGCCCCACUGGAUACUACGGCACCAGCUGUGAGCACGAGUGUCCCCUGGGCUGGUACGGGCCAAGCUGCCAGAACCGCUGUGCAUGCAAACAUGCGUGUCCCUGCGACCGGGAGACGGGCAGCUGCAACAUCACCUACGAACCGGCCGUACAGGAGCAGUUAAACAAAGCUGGGCAGUGUUUGGCCUUCCAGAAUAGGAAAAGGAGCGAAGAAAAAUUCUCUCUGUCAGAAACAGCCUGGCUCUCCCUGACCUCCGUCCUGGCUCUGCUUCUCGUCAUCAGUGCCAUGGGGAACGUGGGCCUCUUCCUCAAGGCCAGCUCAGGGAGGCAGCGGGAGAGCGGGGACUAUCUGUACCACCCGCUGCGGGAGGUGAACGGCGAGGCCAGUCACACCCCCGCAUCCGCUGCCUGCGAGAUGGAAGAUACUCGGGACCAGAGUCAGGCACUCCUGCAGAGCCCCGGCUGA